CUGAACUGUUCACUGAAGGUGGUGGAAUGUUUAGAUUGUCCGAACUAUUCAGGUAUAGGGAGCUGGGCGGGGAUGUCAGCAAGAUGCCCGAGCUCGAAGGGCGAUUAAAUGCAAUCAAGGAUGCAGGAAUUCGCGUAAGUGGUACCAUAGACGCUAGGGGUGGAGCCUUUCCUCAUAGUUUCUACGACUUCUAUCAUACCUACGUUCAUUCAAUCGAAGAACUACCUUCUCCUUCGCCAUUUUCAGCACCCUCCCAUGGACAAGGUGCGACGGUCGGUAUCAAUCAAGCAUUACGGCCACCUCAACCUAGCAUUACUGCGCCCUCCGAUGGCAUGAGCACUCCAACCUCGGCGCAGCCAACGGUUUCG